CCCAUGCGCUUUCACUGGUGGUGCCCGGCUGGGCCUGCCUGGGAUUCCUGCCAUGUUUCCACAGGGUCGCAGUGCUCCUGUGGGUACUGGUGUCCACACCCCGAAUGGCAGCAUGUCCCCCUGCUCACCCUGCCCGUCUCUCUGGCAGGGCUUGGGCUGCCUAGCACCAUGGCCUCCCGUGCGGGCCCCCGGGCUGAGGGCACUGAUGGCAGUGACUACCAGCAUCGCGAGAGGGUGGCCUCCCAUUACCAGAUGAGUGUGGCCCUGAAGUCCGAGAUAAAGAAGCUGAUCUACAUGCAGGUGGCCAUCUGGCUGCUGCUCCUGGCCCAGAUGUGUGUGGGUCACCUGAAGCUGCUGCCCCAUGACCAGGUGGCUAUGCCCUACCAGUGGGAGUACCCCUACCUGCUCAGCAUCAUCCCUUCUCUCUUCGGCCUCAUGUCCUUCCCCCGCAACAACAUCAGCUACCUGGUGCUGUCCAUGAUCAGCACAGGCCUGUUCUCGGUGGCACCCCUCAUCUACGGCAGCAUGGAGAUGUUCCCCAUGGCACAGCAGCUCUACCGCCAUGGCAAGGCCUACCGCUUCAUCUUCGGCUUUUCCGCCGUCUCCGUCAUGUACCUGCUGGUGGUGGUGGCGGUGCAGGUGCACGGCUGGCAGCUCUACUACAGCAAGAAGCUCCUGGACUCCUGGUUCACCAGCACGCAGGAGAAGAAGAAGAAAUGAAGAGGGACUGGGGGUGGGGGGGCUGGAUGGCACCACGGUGGGGUCCCCAUUUUUGGGCCGCUCUGCUGCUAAACACUGAAAGCUCCCUGUAGGCUGGGCUACCCUGCCAGGCACCCAGCCGGAGUGUGCUCAGGGUUCCUCCAACCCUAGCCCUGGCUGGCAGUGACUGAAUGUUCUUCAGUGGCUGGUGGCCAGGGCUGGGUAGGAGGGCAGCUUCUGAUAUCACCAGGGUACCUUCACCAGAAGUCCCCUGGCAGCACGUGGCUCUGGUUGGCUGGGAUGAGAGGGGCAUGCAUGAUGGGAGUGGCCUGGGGGCAGCCACCAGCCCUUACUGAUCUCCCCAUUUCAUGGAGCAGAAACGUGCCCUGACCCCAGUGCCUCUGUGCUGAAGUCUGACAACAUGGCACAGCCCCAGGGCUG